AUGUAUUAUUGUUUGUUGUGGGAUUGGGCCUGUGAUCUCUUGAAGGAUUCAGGUGUGGGCCCAUAUUUUGUAUUCAAUGCUCAGCGCCUAUCCAAGUUUGAUGGUGCUUCAUUUGUUCAUUUCAUCAAUGAGCCAUGGACAGCUAAUGAAUCUUGGGAUGCAGAAAGUGCUCUACCUUCAGAUGACAAAGUUCUGGCAUUUGUUUUAUAUUCUGAUAAAGCCAAGUUGUCAUUGUUUGGUCAACAAAAAGGGUAUCCAGUUGUUGCACAGAUUGCAAAUCUACCUACUUGGAUCCAUAAUGGUGAAGGUUUAGGUGGUGGUCAUGUAGUUGGGUGGUUCCUGAUUGUGAAGGAAGACAAGAAGUACUCUGGAAAGAAAUUGUUUGCCAACUUCAAGAAUCACAUUUGGCAUGAAACAUUCAAGAAGAUACUAGAUACAAUAUUGGAGUACUUGAAAAUUGGUCAUUGGCUGAUUAUGAAGAGCAACAACAAGGAACAAAUUCUGGUGAAACAGGGACUACAUGAUGUAGAUAGUGCCUUCCAGGAGGUCAGGAACAUGGAUGUUUAUCAAGCAUUGUGUUGGGAUAGCCUCUGUGCCAACUGUGCAGGAAAAUGUGGUGAUCAUUUGUGGGGAGAACUUUUGAGGAUUCUUGAGACAAUGGGAAAAGUUGAACAGAAUCUCAAUGUGAUGCCUUGUUGGUGCAGUCUCAAUCAUUUUGAGGAAGUGCUUUCAGUUUCAUACACAGAUGGUCAAAAGUUUGAGGACCUAUCCAAGAUAUUUGUAUUUGCCUGUCAUGACAUCUUCCCCCAUGAGAUGGAAAAAGAGAGUUACCUCCUGUUAUGCUGUCUGCAUGCUUACAUCAAGUUUGAUAUAUAUACCACACUCAAAUUACAUACAACACACACACUUGCCACUGGGCAGGAGCUCUCCCUCACUGUUUCCAGACCAGAAAUAUGUGGAGAAGAUGCAACAUACAGGGAAAACUGGAACUUUCCAAAGAACCAUACCCAUAUGCAUGUGUUCAAGGACAUCAAAGCCAAGGGUGUCACCUGCAAUUUCAACACAAAGCCAAAUGAGAAAAUGCAUGACCCCUUGAAGGAAGCUUAUCAAAAACAAACAAACUUCAGGGACAUUGCUCAGCAAAUUCUCAACAUCAAUCAUCUCAGACUGGUUCUUGAACAUAUUCAUUGCAGAAUUACAGAAUACAAUGCUUACAGGUUGACUGGAAAACUGACAAAUCUGGAUAACCUUGAAGCCAUUACUGAUGAACCUGAGGAGGAGUUUUUCCAUGUCAAGUUUGGUAGUGAAAUGAAAGAACCAUUAACAAUUGAGGACAUUGAGAAGAAGAGUGUUACUGACAAUGUAUUCAAUCAAUUCCAUGGAAAGCUCAGUGAAUUCCUCAAUAAAUAG